GGGGCGAGGAGCCGGGGUGGAGCCUGGCGUCCCCUCCAGCGUCCGGCCGCGCCCGUCCUCAGGGCUGCGGCUAGAUGCCCGGCUGCCGCUGCGGCCAACGGGAUCUCUCCCUGCGGUGCUCUGCCACGGUGGAACUGGACGCACCGAGCUCCGGCAGCCGGCUCGCCAGCUUCCUUUCCCUUACGGGGGCGUCGAGCUCGCGCGUGCGCAGCGGGUGAGGGACGAGGGCCGGGACCCCCGACUGACUCCACGCAGGACGACCGGACAGCCCGGAGGUGAAUCGGGAUGAGCUUCUCAGCGCUGCGGCUCCACUGAGGGGGAAGCCUGGGAACAGAGGGUCGCAGGCCGGCCGCAGUGCGUGAGGCCAUGGCGUUCCUGUCCGGGCCGCGUCUGCUGGACUGGGCUAGCUCGCCACCGCACCUGCAGUUCAAUAAGUUCGUAUUGACGGGCUACCGGCCGGCCAGCAGCGGCUCGGGCUGCCUGCGCAGCCUCUUCUACCUGCACAACGAGCUGGGCAACAUCUACACACACGGGCUAGCCCUGCUGGGCUUCCUGGUGCUGGUGCCAAUGACCAUGCCCUGGGGUCAGCUGGGCAAGGAUGGCUGGCUGGGAGGUACACACUGUGUGGCCUGCCUGGCGCCCCCCGCGGCUUCUGUGCUCUAUCACCUCUUCAUGUGCCACCAAGGAGGCAGUCCUGUGUACACCCGGCUCCUUGCCCUGGAUAUGUGUGGAGUCUGCCUUGUCAACACUCUUGGAGCCCUGCCCAUCAUCCACUGCACUCUGGCUUGCAGACCCUGGCUUCGUCCAGCUGCCCUGAUGGGUUACACCGCACUGUCAGGUGUGGCUGGCUGGAGAGCCCUCACUGCCCCCUCCACCAGUGCCCGGCUUCGAGCCUUUGGUUGGCAAGCUGGGGCCCGCCUGCUGGUGUUUGGGGCCCGUGGAGUAGGGCUGGGCUCAGGGGCUCCAGGCUCCCUGCCCUGCUACCUGCGCAUGGAUGCAUUGGCACUGCUUGGAGGGCUGGUGAAUGUGGCACGUCUGCCAGAGCGUUGGGGGCCUGGCCGCUUUGACUACUGGGGCAACUCCCACCAGAUCAUGCACCUACUCAGCGUAGGUUCCAUUCUCCAGCUCCAUGCUGGUGUUGUACCUGACCUGCUCUGGGCUGCUCGCCACUCCUGUCCCCCAGACUGAGCUGUCUCCUAGCUGCCAAACCAGCCUGCCCACAGCUUCCUGAGACAAAUAACACCACCUUCCCUCCUUUGCUGGUCUGCAAGGGGCUGGUUCCCUGGAAGAACCAGCACAUGGGACUUCCUGUCUGGGAGAACGCUCUUCAUUCUUCCCUGUGGAUUAACUACUUCUUGCACUCAGGCCUUCAAAUUCCAGCUACCCCUCUCCCUGCCAACUUCCCUCCAGGGUACUGUCAGCUAGAAGGAAAUCAUUCUUUGAGCUUCAAUUUACCCUGUUUGACCUGUGAGAGUCUCUGAAUUCAUGUCUGAGAAUUGAGUCCUGCCAACGUACCAAGCCUCCAGCCCAGAACCACUACCUGUAUCUUGCCACUCCCAGAAGACACCUCCUGGAUUCUUGAACUAGUCUCUCUGCCCCGCUUCCUGACCUCCAUCUUUCUGCCCUGCAUGCCAAACCUCUCAGUAGCCAGAAUUCUACCGUUCCUGUCAUUCCUGAAGUCAGGACUCACGGCAGUGGGACCAGGCCCUUCUCUCAGGACCAAGUGGGCACUGGUCCUGCUUGUAUCAUCUGGCCAAGAGACAUGAGAGGAGCUGCUGCUCUCCCUAAGCAACAGGCACAGAUGUGGAAUGGUGGCUUUGGAUUCAGGCUCCUCUGGACCAAGGACUCACCUUCAGUGCCAUGGUCUGUCUGAUUGAUCUGCCCAUCAGAGACAUGUCUGCUCAGGAAAUCUCUAUACAGUGUGUGGCUUUAGCCUGCUGGCCAAAGGCCACACUCUAGCAGAGUAUGGCCUCAUGGCCAGAUCAUCCCAGAGGCCUAAGACCUUAGGCAAUAUCAAUAAAGGGACAAGAAGCGCUAUGUUGCCACAUGAGCAACCUUGGGUGCUCCCAAGAUUCAUUACUUUUUAUUAGAUACAGAAGUUUCCAGGGGAGAGGUAGGAAGAGGGUCAGAGGUUUAAAAGCACCAAGACUGGGCCUAUGGCUCAGGCUGGGUCUAGUGAGUCCUCAAAUAGGCUGAGGAGGUUCCGUGGCUCAAAGGUAGGGCAGGGACCUCUAGGAGGCUCCGAGUCCAUGUCAGUUAGGUCCAGGGCAUCCCUUGGGGAGGAAAGAAAAAGGAACGAGACUCUGGAUCCCAAAGCCGACUGUGCCCAGCAGCCCGAGGUCCUGGGCUUGCUCACCUCCUCACCUUGGUGUGUACCUGCCUCGAGGGGUAGAGGUUCUCCUAGUGAUCCGGGACAAGAUGGUCUCUGGGGAGAGCGAGGGACUACAAAGAGAGGACAGGACAAACAGGGUGUUGAGGGGUGAGAAGGGUUAGGACCAAACCAGCUCUGAUCCUGCUUGGUUGCAGGCCCCUGCUUGGUGAAGGUAGGCCAUGACUAAAACAAUAAACACACAGUGAUAACUCAA